AUGAUGACAGACAGGCCUUCGUCCGGACUUUUUCUCCCCUCAGAAAGCAGCGACAGACGGCCCAGUUCUUCGAUGGUCGAACAGUCCCCGCCAAAUUCGAAAGACGAGCUGGAUUCGUUCUCGAACAGUCGAAAGCAGGCAAUUGAGGCCACCCUUGUGACCAAGCUUGACGAGCUCCCAAAACUCAGUGAAAUCAUUGGUCUUGAUGAGGCAAAAACCGCUCUAUUCGAAGCAUUGGUUGAUCCCAUACAAUAUCCCGAGUGGUUUGUUUCGUCAGAUUUGAAGCCAUGGAAGGCAGUUCUACUUUACGGACCGCCAGGAACGGGUUAG